CGCCACGUUCCCGUGAGGCGCCGCGCAUGAAGGUGAGGGGUAGGGCAGCGCGAAAUGGCGGCGUACCUCACGCACCAGCAGAAGGUGCUGCGGCUCUACAAGAAGUCCCUGAGGCACCUGGAGUCCUGGUGCAUCCACCGAGACAAGUACCGAUACCUUGCCUGCCUCCUGAGAGAGCGGUUUGAUAAGAACAAGGAUGUGAAGGAUAUGGUGAAAGCUACCGAGCUGCUGAAGGCCGGUCAGGAGGAGUUCUGGGCACACCAGCACCCUCAGCCCUACAUCUUCCCCGAUUCCCCCGGCGGCGUCUCCUACGAGAGAUACGAGUGCUACAAGAUUCCUGAAUGGUGCUUGGAUUAUUGGCAUCCUUCCGAGAAGGCAAUGUAUCCUGACUACUUUGCCAAGAGAGAGCAAUGGAAGAAGCUGCAGCAGGAAAGCUGGGAGAAAGAGAUCAAGCAGUUAAAAGAUGAAACUCCAGGUGAUGGUCCAAAAAGUGAAGCCUUGCCUCCUGCUCGUAAGGAAGGGCAUCUGCCACCGCUGUGGUGGCAGUUUGUGACAAGGUCCCGGGAAAUGCCCAUGUAAAAGCGUUACUGCAUGCGAGAACUGAAGCGAUUCAUCCUCUGUAGGCAGUAGGUAUGCCAGUGAACAUACGCUACUGUAAUGCAAAAUAAAGCCAAGUAAAGUGAAACAAA